GCGGACGUUCGUAGCAGCGACGCAUUGUGUAUCGGUAAUCAGAAUUUUCUACGAAGCACAGUUUUUUGCUUUUCACCUCUAAGUUAAACUAUCACAUUCUUUGGCUCAUUUAAUACACCAAGAAAAUGGCAUCAAUAGAAGAGGGUUGGAAAGAAGCAACUGCAGGUUUAGAUAGUGCAAUCUGUGAUACAUGGUUUACAAAAUUACAGGAGGCUUAUUCUGAAGAGAAGCGUACUUAUCAUAACUUAGAUUCACUUCGUGAGAAGUUAAAUUGUUAUUAUGAGAUUAAAGAUAAGUUAAAAAAUCCUCAAGCUGUGCUUCUUGCUUUAUUCUUUCAAAACUUUGAAUAUGGUUCCAAAGCUUUAGAUGGUGAAAACAAAAAUUUGGAACAUUUUAAUGCAUUUGCAGAAGAGGCUGAAAUUUCUCCAGAUGCACAAUUAAGAGUCUGUAAACUUCUUGAUGUAGCUGCAAUAAAUAGUACAGCAGCACAUAAAAUUAGAAAUGCCUUUGGUGAAGGUGAUUGUCAUUACUUGUUAGAUUUGAAUAUGGCUGUGUUAGGUUCUUCUUCGGAAAGUUAUGCAGAAUAUAGAGAAAAAAUACGUGGGGAAUAUUCUUUUCUUAGCGAACCAAUGUAUACUGCAUUGCGUUUAAAGGUGCUGCAAAACUUUGUGCAGAUUCCAAAUAUUUUUGCCACAAAGGAAUUUCGUACAAAAUAUGAGAAACAAGCACGACUAAACAUACAAGCUGAAGUUGAAUUGUUGUCAUAGGACAAUUAAUGAAAUUUGUGUAUGGAAAAGUGUAUCAUUAUAAGCAUUUUGUUAUUAAAUAUGUUCAUUAUUUAAUUAUAACAAAACAUAAGGUUCCAAUUGACAUAGAACUGGUUCACUGUGUCAGUAGCAUUUAAUCUCUGUGUAGAGUGAAGUAGCAUAUACGUUUUUUUUUAAGUAUUAGCAUUUAAAGCAAUUUAAGUUAAAAUAUCAUAUUAUGGCAAUGUAGAAUAUUAUUAAA